ACGCAUUCAGGACACAACAAUUGGCAACGAGGCUGGCUCAUAUUGGACAGAUACAGCAGUUUAACCGUGAUACAGAUGACUGGUCGAUGUAUUUAGAGAGGGUCGAAUACUACUUUGAAGCUAAUGAUAUAGCAGAUGGAAGGCGUAAAGCAGCUCUGCUCAGUCUCAUAGGUCCCGACACUUUCAAACUUCUAAGGAGUCUACUAGUACUUCACACCCCAGCUGACUACUCGUACGAUGAGUUAAAGGAGUCCCUGUCGGCACACUUCUGUCCAAAAAGAAGUCAAGUGUUUUAUCGUUCACAGUUUUUCCAGUGUGUACAGAAGCACGGUACUACUAUUGCUUCAUAUUUAUCAGAGCUACAGACUUUAGCCAAGGACUGUGGUUUUGGGGACUUACUCAACAAUUUGCUGCGAAAUCGCUUAAUCUGUGGAGUUAGUGACCCAGCAAUUCGUAAACAUUUUCUAACAAAGGGAGAUGACUUGACAUUGAAAGAUGCUAUGAAAGAUGCUACAACCAUGGAAGCAGUGGUAAAAACUCUAAAGACCUUGGACCCCAACAAGGCUCCCAUGACAAAGGCAGCUUAG